GCCUCACUUUUACCGGCGACGUAUCACUUGCCUUCCAUAACUUCCUGCCGGGCCUAAUAGCUCCUGGGAAGUGGACGGCUGAGGAGCUGCGCAUGCGCCACAUGCCCCGCCACUUGCCCCGGCUGCGUAGGGCCUCGUUCCUGUAUUGGAUUCAGGACAGGGCGGGGUCUGGUGCUGUCUGAGGAGGGCUGGCUGCCAGAGUGGACAUGGCGGCUAGCCGCACCCGGGCUGUGCUUGCCACCCUGGGAGUGCUUAGUGUCUGUGCUGCCAGUCGCUCUGGGCCCGUAACUGAGGGGGAGACUGGUGGGGAGGCAGAGUGGGCGGAGCCAUGGGAUGGUGCGGUUUUCCGGGCGCCGUCAGCCCUGGGCGCAGUAGGGGUGGCGCGGAGUCCGGAGACCCUGUGGCCAGGGAGGGAGGAAGCAGUGGACUUGCCGGUGCUGCUGUGGUGGAGCCCAGGGCUGUUUCCCCACUUCCCGGGUGAUUCCGAGCGCAUCGAGUGUGCGCGUGGCGCGUGCGUGGCGUCCCGAGACCGCCGGGUACGGAGGGACUCUCGCACACGCGCGCUGCUCUUUUACGGCACCGACUUUCGUGCGUCUGAGGCGCCACUGCCCCGUCUGGCCCAUCAAAGCUGGGCGCUGCUGCACGAGGAGUCGCCCCUCAACAACUUCUUGCUGAGCCAUGGUCCGGGCAUCCGCCUCUUCAAUCUUACUGCUACCUUCAGCCGCCACUCGGACUACCCGCUUCCGCUGCAGUGGCUACCGGGGACUGCCUACCUACGCCACGCGGCUCCUUCGCUCCAGGAACGUGCGGAGUGGCGCCGUCGCGGCUACGCGCCGCUGCUCUAUCUGCAGUCUCACUGCGACGUGCCUGCGGACCGGGACCGCUACGUGCGCGAGCUCAUGCGCUACAUCCCGGUGGAUUCAUAUGGGAAAUGCCUGCAAAAUCGGGAGCUGCCCACUCCACGGUUACAGGACACAGCCACAGCCACCACCGAGGAUCCAGAGCUCCUGGCCUUCUUGUCCCGUUAUAAGUUCCAUUUGGCCCUCGAAAAUGCAAUCUGCGAUGACUACAUGACAGAAAAACUGUGGCGCCCCAUGCAUCUCGGUUCUGUACCCGUGUAUCGCGGCUCUCCUUCUGUGAGCGACUGGAUGCCCAACAAUCACUCUAUCAUCCUCAUUGAUGACUUUGAGUCACCUCAGAAGCUGGCAGAGUUUAUUGACUUUCUGGACAAGAAUGAUGAGGAAUAUAUGAAAUAUCUGGCAUACAAACAACCUGGGGGCAUCACCAACCAGUUCCUUCUGGAUAGCCUGAAGCAUCGGGAGUGGGGAGUGAAUGAUCCUUCAUUGCCGAACUAUCUCAAUGGCUUCGAGUGUUUCGUUUGUGAUCAUGAACUGGCUAGGCUGGAUGCAGAGAAAGCCCACGCAGCCUCUCCAGGGGACAUUCCUGUCCCCGAGCCUCACAUCGCCCAGCCCUCACACAUGGACUGUCCAGUGCCAACACCUGGUUUUGGUAGUGUGGAAGAGAUUCCCGAGAGUGACAGCUGGAAGGAGAUGUGGCUGCAAGAUUAUUGGCAAGGUCUGGACCAGGGGGAAGCUCUCACUGCCAUGAUCCACAACAAUGAGACACAACAGAGGAAAUUUUGGGAUUACCUACAUGCGAUCUUCCUGAAAAGAAAUCAAAAUCUCUAACUACCCUGUGAGAACUUUUAACUUGGUAGAGCUAAGGAGAUGGAAGUCAUUCUACCACAGAACAUGAGGGGUAUCCGUUGCACAAACCCUUAAUGAACACUAGUUUAUUAUGAAUUCAAGGGAUUCCAAUUAUACCCACUGAUAUUUUGUCCUAAUGAUGUGUAGCCAGCGUCUCAGCCUGUGGUAAUAGGGCCUCUCCUCAAGGAGAGAUGAAGUGGAAGACUGAAGCCUAAAACACCCAUUUUACUCAAGGUGCUGAUCCAACAGAACUUUUAAAGAAAAGUCUGCUUAUUUCUCUAGCCAUUUCAUCCCCUCUAUUAUGAUUAGAAGACCUUAGUACUUGGCUACAAAUAAGGCAAGACUGACCAGGUUUAGGGUCUUAAAACUUCUCAUGUGGUAUUUCUCAAACUCCUUAUUAUUUAGUACCUUUCCUAAUCUUUUUUCCAUAUCUUAUGCUUUAUAAACGGUUAUAUUGAUGGUAAAGCAAAACUCUUGGUGGGUUGUAUUCUGGUUGUCUGGAGUUGUAUUUUUUUUUUUUAUCCUCACUCGAGGAC